CUCAAAAACAAGUUGACCUCCACUCCAGACGUGGGCUUCCGGGGGGGAAGGCAGCAAAAACAAGGUGGUGCUCGCUUAAAACGACCAUCAGAGCAACCAUCCCGGGUCACUCUGUCGUGGGGCGGUUAAAGACCGACGCGGAGUUCAGUGCAGCAGCAGCAGUCUGCGACCACAUCCAGAGAGCCAUAAGAUGAUUCGUCUUCGGCUCUUACUACUUCUGUCCAUAGUGCUGGGACUGAUCAUCACCUCCGAAGCGCAGACGUCACGGCCACAACUUAGUGGCUAUUUCACGUUCCUACGAUACCGCAACCAAGCGUGCGAGGGCAAGUAUGGUCAGAACGGCACCUGCGUCACGGAGCAGGAAUGCGGAGCUAAACAAGGAACAGACAUUGGAAGAUGCGCCGAAGGAUAUGGUGUUUGCUGCAGAGUAAGCUUCACGUGCAACAUGGUGAGCAGCUCCAACGAGACGGAGUUCGUCAACCCAAGCUACCCGAGUGGCGAAGUUGGAACGGGUACCUGCGAAGUUACCAUCACCAAGACGCCGGACAUUUGUCAGCUUCGUUUGGACUUCGUCGAGUUCAGCUUGGGACCUCCAGAUGAGCAAGGCCUGUGCAACUCCGACGCCUUCAUGGUGCGAACCACUGUCGGGGAGAACCUGCCUCAGUUGUGCGGAGAAAACAAUGGACAACAUUUGUACGUGGAAAUGGGCCGGCAAUCGGGCAAUCCAGUUGUGCUGAGCGUCAUUAGCCGAGGAGGAAAGAGGCCAAGGCGGUGGAGGAUGAAGAUCAGCAUGAUUCAGUGCGGUAGCCUUGACAUUGUGCCUCCUGGCUGUCUGCAAUAUUUCCGCAGUCCCAGCGCCAUCGUGAGAAGCUUCAACUAUGGCCCUCCGGUCGACAACAAAGUUCGAUAUCUUAGCGGACUACGCUACUCCAUAUGCCUACGCGUGGAAGAGAAUUUCUGUUCUAUCAAGUGGGAAACGGAAACCAACAAUUCAUUCUCGUGGGGUCAACCAACGUAUGAGGACAACGUCAUAUCCUGCAAGGACGACUUCAUCACCGUAGACCAGGGUUCCACGUACGGCAUGGGCCCAGGAGAGGAUCGAUUCUGUGGCAAUAGGCUUCACGAGAAGAACGUGUUGAUCUCACACAGCAAGCCUUUUAUGUUAAGAGUCAAGUCCAAUAUGGAUGCUGUGCAGAACUCGCUGGAAAAACAGAACGGCUUCUCGCUCCGAUAUACACAGCUGCCAUGUGUCGAUUGACAUGGGGACCCCUGGUCCGCUUAGUCGUAAGGUGGAUCAGAUGACGGGUUCACGUACCGCACGACACCCAUUGGCAGUACGGAUCACCGAAUUCUCCGCUUCAAUCAUUGCCGGUAGCAACCGCAUUAUUUAUUUGAAUCCAUGAAAAUACUUCAGCAUCGGCGACUUUUCAUCAACGCUUCGUCAGCAAUAAACAAUAUUUAUUGG